AUGACACACCGUAGCCUGCUGCGAAUCAUGCUGAAAGGCGCGUAUGGGGAAGGCGCAGAGGCGGAGAUAGCGAGCAGGAAGGGCAAUGCGCGGAUUGCGCUAGAGACCACCAGCACAGGCAGCACCCCUGCUGACACCCCUGCUGACACCCCUGCUGACACCCCUGCUGACACCCCUGCUGACAGCACCGGCACCACCACUGGCAGCACUGACAGCACUGGAAGCACCAUCGACAGCACCAGUGACUCACCUUGUGGCGCCUGUCCCACUGGAGCCACCUGCAAGGCCAUGCCUGCAACUGACAACAGUGGGUUGCAGGUGCCUUACUGCGCGUGCCCUGACGGCUACGGGAUGACUCCGACCGGUUGUGUUAAGGGUGGACCGUCAACAGUCUCCUCCUCCAGUGUCACCCUGUUCUCGAAUCAAACAGGGGCUUUUCGACCCUACACCUUCCGCCUCAACAUCACGGGCUGCACCCAAAUCCCAGACGCACUCGCUGGAAAGGCCACUAUAAUGUGCAUGGUUCAUAAUGUGGGCGCUGUUCAGAACUGCCCAGCUGUCAACAUAUACUCAAAGCCUAACUGUGAAUCUCCAUACGCGUACUACGACUCAAAGACAACUCCUCCGUCGCUUAUGGCGCGAUGCUUCCC